GAACGACAAUUAUUUGUCUCCGGCGGUGCAAUGCUGCGUGUGCACUGCUUUAACAACAACGCGCUGAAAAUAUUCAACUGCGAAACGCGAAGCUCCAAAACGAAACGUUUCGUUUCACCAAACUUGAAGAAAAACAGAGAGACGUCAUCGUACUCAUCUUCACAAAAAUUUACUCACAAUUAAUCCCAAUCCAUUUGUUGCCUUCCAAAAUCAAAUUUCAUCGUUAACCUAUUAUUCAUUCUAAUUCCACGCCAUGAUUCAUCAAACCCCAAUUAUCUCUGUAAAAUAAUACAUCAUUUAAUUUUCGAUGCCAAUCGAUGCUUCAACCUCAUCGAUCUCGCGUUUUUCUAUAACCUGAGGUGUUUUGGAAUCUGGGUUCGAAGAAAGUAACGAUUUUGGGUUGUGGGUAUCGGGAUUGGGAUUCGAAGGGAAAAAUGAGUAACCAGAAGAAGAGGAAUUUUCAGAUAGAGGCGUUUAAGCACCGCGUGGUGAUGGAUCCGAAAUACGCCGACAAGACAUGGAAGAUUCUAGAACAUGCAAUUCACGAGAUUUACAACCACAACGCUAGUGGUCUCAGUUUCGAAGAGCUUUACAGAAAUGCAUAUAAUAUGGUGCUUCACAAAUUUGGUGAGAAGCUUUACUCUGGGCUGGUUGCAACCAUGACUGCACAUCUCAAAGAUAUAGCUCAAUCUGUUGAAGCUGCUCAAGGAGGGUCUUUUCUAGAAGAGCUGAACCGGAAAUGGAAUGAUCAUAACAAGGCAUUACAAAUGAUUCGAGACAUACUAAUGUACAUGGAUAGGACUUACAUCCCAAGCACCCAGAAGACUCCUGUUCAUGAACUCGGGCUGAACCUGUGGAGAGAAAAUGUCAUUUAUUCCAGCCAGAUCAGGACACGGCUAUUGAAUACGCUUCUGGAAUUAGUACAAAGUGAACGCACUGGUGAAGUUAUUGAUAGAGGGAUUAUGAGAAAUAUAACAAAAAUGCUGAUGGAUUUAGGUCCUUCUGUUUAUGGACAAGAAUUUGAGGCUCCUUUUCUUCAAGUUUCAGCUGAGUUCUACAGGGUAGAAUCCCAGAAAUUCAUUGAGUGUUGUGAUUGUGGUGAUUAUCUGAAGAAAGCUGAGAGGCGUCUGAAUGAGGAAAUGGAUAGAGUGAGCCAUUACUUGGAUCCCAGGACUGAAAAGAAGAUUACUAAUGUAGUGGAGAAAGAGAUGAUUGAAAAUCACAUGCUUAGAUUAAUCCAUAUGGAGAAUUCUGGCUUGGUGCAUAUGCUUUGUGAUGACAAAUAUGAAGAUUUGGGUAGAAUGUAUAACUUGUUCCGUCGUGUUACUGAUGGUCUUUCAAAAAUACGAGAAGUGAUGACUUCACACAUGCGAGAAUCAGGUAAACAGCUUGUUACUGAUCCUGAAAGGUUGAAGGAUCCAGUUGAAUUUGUGCAAAGGCUCUUAGACGAGAAAGAUAAAUAUGACAAGAUUAUAAACUUGGCAUUUAACAAUGACAAAUCUUUCCAGAACGCUUUGAAUUCCUCAUUUGAAUAUUUCAUCAACUUGAAUCCUCGUUCUCCAGAGUUCAUUUCACUAUUUGUAGAUGAUAAACUCCGGAAAGGUCUAAAAGGGGUUAGUGAGGAUGAUGUUGAGAUUACUCUUGACAAGGUGAUGAUGCUAUUCCGAUACCUGCAAGAGAAAGAUGUUUUUGAGAAGUAUUAUAAACAGCAUCUAGCAAAGCGGCUGUUGUCUGGAAAAACAGUUUCUGAUGAUGCAGAGAGGAGUCUCAUAGUUAAGCUUAAGACAGAAUGUGGUUACCAAUUUACAUCUAAAUUAGAGGGAAUGUUUACAGACAUGAAAACCUCUCAGGACACAAUGCAGGGCUUUUAUGCCUGCCAUCCUGAACUAAGUGACGGCCCUACGCUCACUGUCCAGGUUCUUACAACAGGGUCUUGGCCAACUCAGUCUAGUGUCACAUGUAACUUGCCGGCAGAAAUGUCUGCACUGUGCGAGAAGUUUCGGUCAUUUUACCUUGGCACCCAUACUGGCAGGAGAUUGUCCUGGCAAACUAACAUGGGCACAGCAGACUUAAAAGCAACCUUUGGGAAGGGUCAGAAGCAUGAGUUAAAUGUUUCUUCUUACCAAAUGUGUGUUCUCAUGCUGUUUAACAAUGCUGAUAGACUUAGCUACAAGGAGAUUGAGCAAGCAACCGAGAUUCCUGCUUUGGAUCUUAAGAGAUGCCUGCAGUCAUUGGCUUUAGUCAAGGGAAGAAAUGUUCUUAGAAAAGAACCUAUGGGUAAAGACAUUGGUGAGGAUGAUGUUUUCUUUGUUAAUGACAAGUUCAGUAGCAAACUGUACAAGGUAAAAAUAGGAACAGUGGUUGCACAAAAGGAAUCUGAACCUGAAAAACAGGAAACCCGACAAAGAGUGGAGGAGGACAGGAAGCCGCAAAUUGAAGCAGCAGUAGUGAGAAUCAUGAAAUCGAGGAAGCAACUCGAUCAUAACAAUCUUAUAGCUGAGGUCACGAAGCAGUUGCAAUCACGUUUCCUAGCAAAUCCAACAGAGGUAAAGAAACGGAUUGAGUCUCUCAUUGAGAGGGACUUUUUGGAGAGGGAUGAUAGUGACAGAAGAUUGUAUCGAUACCUUGCCUAGAAUUGGUAAACUUGUUUGUUUCAGUGAUCAUGGUGUAUCUCAUGAACCAGGUGAUAAAUUACCUUCACAUAGCUCCAUUGAUUUUAUUGUAUAUUAAUUUGUUUUCCAAUUCGUUGUGAUGUUUCACCUUGUUAUGUUACGGCAUGUUUUUCUUGAAUGCCAUUAAGGUAAUUGUUACCGUACACCUUCAGCUACCUGAAUCUGUUACUUGCAAAAAUACGGGUUAGUUUGUUUUCAUUUCAUGAUGACUCCGUGUUUGUGUGCCGCUAAAUCAGGAAAAAGAUUCCAAAAUUUAUUAAGGAAUAAAUAAAGGAAAAGAGUAUAAUGUAAUAUCUAGGGCAUGGAGGACAGGUUUGUCUUCUCAAUUUCAUCAUUUGUGGCUAAUUUGCAAACGGUGCAGGAAAAAACAGUUAAGUUUUCAGUCAGGGGGCAUUUGAAAAAGUUUGACUUUCCAUUAGAGCUUUUUAGCUAAUCAAAAGUAGCUCAACAAAUUUUUUUAAACUUGUUUUAUUAAGUUUCAUGGUAAAAAUUGUGGCAUAUGUCAUCAUGGAAUUGGAUUUUGUUGAAUUAAUGUUUAAUUAAACUGUUUAUCCAAAUCCAUUGUGUUAAGCAUUUGGUUUGAAUAGUGAAAUCAUAAUUUCUUAUUAACUAACGAGAUGUCACAGACCACAUUGGCUCCUAGUUAAUUGCUUUGUUUCAACUCCUAAUACACACAAUAGAUCACAAAAUGUAGUAUCAGGAAUCCAAAAUAUUCCAAAAGCUUAAUCCGCAAUAUUUCUCUCGGCUUAAGCAAUCCCGUCAAUUCAUAAAGCUGAUGAAAUGUAGUAUCACUAAUCCAGAGUAAUACAAAUAGGUCCUAAUAAUUAAUGCAAACUGGACAGUAGUAACUAAUAAGUUCCAUAACAAGAGCACUAUUUCCUGACAACUACAUCACUGAAGCUGAUCAAAUGAAAAAUCUCUGCCACUGUUUCAGUUGAAAGAUGCUAUAACUUGAAUUAUUUUUCAGAAGUAGCGCAAGAAAUUUAACAGAAACAGAGUACAACGGAAAACAGACAUAAGAAGAGUACCACACGGGACAAUGACUGUUUCAGAGAACAAUUUAAAAGAAGAGUAGCAACAAAAAAAAGAGUACAACAGAGAACUGGCAUAAGUAAUGUGAAAUAGAUUAGCAAGAUUGUACGGUGUUUAAAUGGUGUCAGCAUCAAU